CGGUGAGUCCGGUUGUGAAGGGGUUAACGGGGAGGGCGGAACUCCGCGCCGGCCGCAGUAGAUGAUCGCAAUAUAUUGAUAGCGAGAGGUACAGAGACGCGACAGCGCACGGAGGAACGUUUUGGAAAUACUAUUUGGAUUUAAUUUGCACUGUGACGCGCACGCAUUGACCUUGCGUUCGCGUCUUUCUGGAUGAUACAGUGACGCGUCGCGCAGAUUCCGAAGCGGAUACAAAUGCAUCUGUGAAUGUAUCGCGUGCGUUCAAACCGGGAUCGCUUACAGAUGCGCAGUGUGCAGGUGGAUGAUGAUGAUGAUUGAGGAAUGAAUAAUUAUUGAUUUACAGAGGUUUUACACAGCUGGGAGGAACCCAAAGGCGCAAUGGUCAUAGUUCAUGCAUCAGGGUUCGAACCCGCACCCGCCGGGUCACCCGCCUCCGGUGUGUGAGCAUCCGCGCGCGACAGUCAUGUUGCCCGGGGUGGGUGUGUUCGGCACCAGUCUGACCACCCGGGUCAUCAUCCCCCUGCUGAAGAACGAGGGCUUCUCGGUGAAGGCGCUGUGGGGUCGCACGCAGGAGGAGGCGGAGGAGCUCGCGCGCGACAUGAACGUGCCCUUCUGCACUAACCGGAUCGAUGACGUGCUGCUGCAUCCGGAUGUGGAUCUGGUGUGCAUCAACCUGCCUCCGCCGCUCACGAGACAGAUCGCCGUUAAGACUCUGGGAAUUGGCAAAAACGUAAUAUGUGACCGGACGGCGACGCCGCUGGACGCUUUCCACAUGAUGUCGGCGGCCCAGUACUACCCGAAGCUGCUCAGCAUCAUGGGUAACGUGCUGCGCUUCCUCCCCGCCUUCGUCCGCAUGAAGGAGCUGCUGGAGGAGGGUUACGUGGGCGAGCUGCUGGUCUGCGAGGCGCAGGUUCACGGCGGGAGCCUCCUCGGGAAGAAGUACAACUGGAGCUGCGAUGACCUGAUGGGCGGCGGCGGGCUGCAUUCGGUCGGGAGCUACAUCAUCGACUUGCUCACGUUUCUGACGGGCCGGCGUGCGGCGAAGGUGCACGGCUUCCUCAAGACGUUCGUCAAGCAGACGGACCACAUCUGUGGGAUCCGGCAGAUCACCAGCGACGACUUCUGCACCUUUCAGAUGGUGCUGGAAGGAGGCGCGUGCUGCACGGUUACGCUCAAUUUUAACGUCCCGGGCGAGUUUCGGCAGGAGGUUGUGGUCGUCGGAACGUCUGGCAGGUUGACGGUUUGCGGGACGGAUUUGUACGGACAGAAAAACGAUGGCGAAAACGGACAGGAGCUCCUCUUAAAGGACAACACGCCUGUCGGGGACGCGUCCCUACCGGACAAGGCGUUCCGGGACAUCCCGUCUCCGUAUCUCACCGGCACCAUCUGCAUGGUUCAAGCUGUACGGCAGGCGUUUCAGGAUCAGGACGACCGGCGAACGUGGGACGGCCGGCCGCUGACGAUGGCCGCAACUUUUGAGGACUGUUUGUACGCACUUUGCGUUGUGGACACGAUCAAGAAGUCCAAUCAGUGCGGUGAGUGGCAGAACAUCGAGGUGAUGACGGAGGAACCGGAAAUCAGUCCCGCGUACCUGAUCAGCGAGGCCAUGCGGCGCAGCCGGAUGUCGCUGUACUGCUAACAUAGGGCUGGACGAUAUGGACAAAAUGUAUAUCACGAUAUAUCUCUUUAUUUCGGUUGAUACGAUGUAAGGGCCGGUCACACUGCACUUUUCAUUCCAUUGAGUUCCAUUCAUACGCAUGCAAAUGCAUCAGACUGGAAAUGCAAGCCCAAAUUCCAAAAGUUUUGCAUUUCGCUGCGUUCCAAAGUUCAAGCAAUUUCGCAUACUUAGAGUCUAGUGUGACCGCGGCUAUAAUUCCGAUAUUGAUAUGAACAAUUAAAGCUACUUUAUUAGAUAAAAUGAAAAUGAAGACAGCCAGUUCCCUGCAAAGAUACAGAUACGUUUUGAUUUUGAAACGUGCAGUGCUCAUGUUUAUUCAACCAAGUUGUGGCGGACUGCCACAAAUAAAGCAAUGUAUCGGAAAUGUGUUUAAAAUCCAUAUCACUGAUAUCGAAAAAAUAUAUUGCGAUAUAUAUUGUUAUUGAAUUAUUGUCCAGCCCUAUGUGGCACGUGAGCGAACGUGCAUGCUUGCAUUUUGAGUUUAAUGCAUUCGGAGCAUUUGGAAAACUGGAGAAGUACAUGCAACUGAAGGAAACAUGAGUUUGUGCCACAUGCGCGGAGUUUGGCUUGUGUUUUAAUUCGUUAAAACAUCGGCUGCUGGGAGUUUUUGUGUCAAGUAUGCAAUAAAUCUGCUUUCGGAUGAACCAACAGCCACACUUUGCUGAAAUGCCUUUGUACUUGUGACAUGUUUGUAGUUCGUGCAAAGAACGAACAUGCAGUUUGACUUUGGUUUGCAGGAUUUUUUUCAUCAUUGUGUAUCUGUGCAACCCUGACAAGGUCAUCUACCGAUGAUGCAGCAUCUGUCAGCAUGUGUUUGCAUGCUAGCGUGAGCAUAGCGAACACGGACUCCUGCGUCAAACAGGAUAACAGGAUUUUGCUAUGUAUUAUGAGAUCAAUCCGGACAAACACAAAGAUGUUUCUACUUUGUUCAUACUGUUAUAUUUAAAAUCCCAAUGUUUGUGUGUUUUAACUGGUAUCUUGAUUGUUAUGGCUGUACGUGUGGCUUUUACGACCCUUUGUUUUCCACCUGAAAGAUUAUGAAUGGUCAAUACGCCAAAUAUGAAAUGGCAAACAUCACAUUAACUGUCAGUGGUUCUCAACUGGUUUUGCUCCAUCAUGCAGACAUCAUGUGGUGACCCAUAAGUGCACAAAAAUCUCCUUCAAAUCAAACACUGAAAUUAUAUUAUACACUACAGGUCAAAAGUUUUGAGUAAGUUUUUAUACGUUUAAGACCUAUUAUUAAUAAAUGAGCACCAAUAAUAUUUGAGCAAUAAUAAUAAUGAGUUUAGAAUGAUUUCUGAAGGAUCAUGUGACACAAGACUCAGAUGAAAUUUCAGCUUUGAA